AGUCCGCGCGCCUCAGUCAGCGACGCGAGUUCGCGCAAAGCGGUCGUAUGUAUAUUCCGUGUCGGUCUAGUGACGUACGGAACUUUGUGUUCGCGUUCGCGUACGCGCCGCAUUCCAUCGUGGGGGCCCUUCGCCGCCAUUGGCUGAUCCCACGUGACGUCACUCCUCGUAAUGAGGUAUUCAACAUGGCCGUGUAGCUAGUUCGCGAGUGUGCUUCGUUAUUCGUUUGAAUGGAUUUAAUCAGUGAAAUAUGCCAAGGAGACGAAACGGUGAGAUACCCUUGCCCGACGGAUGGGAUUACGCGAGGGACUUCGACGGUAAACUCUAUUUUAUCGACCACAACAAUAGAAAAACGACGUGGAUUGACCCGCGAGACAGAUACACAAAGCCACAGUCGUUUGCGGACUGCAUCGGCAAUGAACUGCCGCUGGGUUGGGAAGAGGCCUACGAUCCUCAGAUCGGGCCAUAUUACAUCAACCAUGUCAAUCAGGUGACGCAGUUGGAAGACCCGAGGUUGGAAUGGCUGAGCAUACAAGAGGCGAUGUUGAGGGACUACCUCCACACCGCUCAAGAAGCUUUGGAGGCAAAACGAGAAAUGUACGAUGUAAAGAAGCAAAGGCUGUGUCUAGCUCAAGAUGAGUACAAACAUCUAAACAACGCAUUAUCGACCCUCGCAGCUUCUAGAACCAGCUUGUGUUCAUCAACCACCUCAGUCACGACCACCUCAACCACCUCACGGCACGACCCAGAGCAGUUGCGUUGCGAAGUGACGCAGGCACGGGGUCGUGUCGCUCAACUGCGCAAGGAGUUACGUCAGGCGCGCGCUGAGGUGGCGUGCGCGAGGCGCGGCGUCGACACACUCGCUGAAGUGGAACAAAAACUCAGCGCACAGCAAGGAUGUUACAACAUAACCGAGGCGCAGGCCAUCAUGACUGAACUAAAGAACAUCCAGAAAUCCCUCACCUCAGGCGAGAAAGAGAGAGCAGAUCUAAUGCAAUCACUAGCCAAAUUAAAAGACGACCUCACAAGGUUGCAACUAGGCGAAGCUUCCCCAGACCUAUCUACAUUAAGCCUGCCUCAAGAGAAACUAAGCACUGCCUCGCAAACGGACUUAUGUUCCGAACUAGUACCAAUCGGUACGAGACUAGCUGAAAUGGCGCGGGUUCGCCUCCAAUACGACGAAGCUAGAAAGCGGAUCCAGCAGAUCCAACAGCAAUUAGCAGACCUUGAAGAUAAAGUGCAGCCUGGACAAGCGGAAUCAGAUAAGGACCGCUUACUGCUGUUCCAAGAGAAAGAACAGUUGCUACGGGAACUUAGAAGCAUUACUCCAAGGACAAGAUCGAAACAAGAGAUGUGCGAUAUACAGUCAGAAUGCAAAAGACUGGAGCAAGACUUGAAGAACGCAUUCGAAAUGUCCAACAAAUGCAUAGCGGAUAGAUUGAGGCUACACGAAGAAAAGCAAUUGCUGCUCCAGCAAUUAAAGGACGCGUUGACAUCAAUGACGACGUUGGAAGGGCAGUUGAAGACAUUAUCAGCGUCCACAUUAUCAGUGUCGAGCAGUUCGAGCUUGGGGUCCCUUUCGACCGCGAGUAGUAAGGGCUCUUUAAGCUCGGGGAUCAGCUUUACGGAUAUUUAUGGAGGGCCGCAAAUUGCGAGCUUCCAAGCGGAUAAACCUAUUGAUAUGGUCGAUCUGCAUAGACGUGUUGAGAGAUUGCUCCGAGGUUCAAGUGGGGAGGGUGGUUCUCAACCCUCUUUAUCACCACGCAGCAGUUUGUCCUCUGCGAGUCCUCCACCACCACCACCCUCUUACACACAGGUGGAAAGACAAAGGCGACAACAACGGGAGUUAGAAGAGAAAUUAGCUGAAAUGCGGAUAGGUGUCGCCACUGGACUGAAUGAAGUUACUGGAUUGGCUACAAUCCCCGUGCAAGUACAAGGGCCAGGCCGGCCGGCUGAACCGCUAUCACCAAUCUCAGAGACUCCGCCACCAUUAUCACCCACUUGCUCUUCUAGUGGUACGAACACUAGAUCUGUAUCAGCGGCGGUAAGUGACGAGUCGGUGGCCGGAGAUUCCGGUGUGUUUGAAGCUGCACAAGCCGCGGAUUGCUCUAAUGCGGUGAACAGUGCACAAAUUGAGAUCAAAUUGCGCUACUGUCCCGACGAGAGCGCGCUUGAGAUCGGCAUCAUACGAGCACGGAACUUACACGCGCUUUACAUAGACAAUGACACUGAGAUUGCGGUUCGUGGAGCGCUAGUAGUGGGUGGUGGGGGUGGUAUAGUGUUCAACACGCCAGCCCUCGCGUGGCGAGGGGCAACCCUAGUGUGGAGGAACAACCAGCGAGCCUCCAUCGGCCCUAGGGCGUUAAGGGCUGCCACCUUGCAGAUUAACUUGGCCGCUGAUAGCGAAUGCUUGGGUUGUACACAAGUGAGCUUGGCAGAUUUCGACCCUGACUCGACUUCGCAAAAGUGGUAUAAUGUUUUGAGCUUCAGAAGUAUGAGGAGAGACGAAAGUUCCGAUGAAUCUACUGUUAUAUCUUCACAAACGUCUACUCUUACUAGGAAUAGAGGUCCAGAAAGUAUGGCUGCCGCGGAAUGUAACACGGAGUGCGGUGAUGACUCCGCGUCUGAUGAUGAUGAGGCUAGAGAACCACUUAAUCAGAUAGUAGAAGAAGAUUCAUUCGAAGACUACAUUCCUGAAGAAGAGUUGAAUCUGGAAGAGGAAUACCUUCCUUCCACAGCAGAGAAGGAAACCAACACUGAAUGUAACUUUUGUCCGGAGGGCGCUAGGCAAUUGCAUAGACGGAAAAGUCAGCAAGUAAGCACUAACCAAGAGGAGUCGUUGGCGACUAUAAAGCGAUCUCAAACUUUCUCACCACAACCGCAGAGUAUCGGCAAAGGGCAUUAUAUUUGUAGGCUAAACCGUUCGGAGUCGGACUCUUCGAUGUGGCAAGGCGCCAGACGUCCGCCACCCCCCGCUGGUAUUCCCUUCGAUAGAACACUACGGGAACGACGCUCGCUUAGAUGGGGCCGAGCCCGCAGCGCAGUAGUACGGCACAGCUCAAGACAGCGCAGUGCUAGAACUUCCUUGGAUCUAUCCCUAGAUCUAAAAGCUCAUUCGUCGAGGCUACAAGAUCUUAGGCAGGAGAUACAGCACCUUACCCAAUUGAAGAAACGGCUAGAAGAAGCCUGUGCAGCAGGUGACCCAGCAGUAGCAGCGUGGGUGUCACAAGACGAAACCCUCCGCAGGCUAGUUGGCUCUCCCCCAGCUAACGAGCGAGUUGCUCGCCUGUUCCAGCGCACUUGCCGAGAUGUGUACAGACUCAGGAAGUCUAGACAGGGGAAGAAACCGGAUUUGGUGACUUUUAAAGAGAAAAUGGCAUUCUUCACGCGACCCAAAGCAACGGUGCCCGUACUACCAGACGACAUGAACUCAGAAGACGACUGGGAACAAGACUUGGAAGAACGGUCUACUCCCGAUGGACGGUCUUCUAAGACCUCCUUCGAGAGACAACAAGCGACUCAAGAAGAACAAGUAGUCGAAUGUAAGAAUCCGUGUAUACCUGAAGAUACUUUUGAGAAUCGGGAUUUGAAGAUCAAAGAAGAUGAUGAGGUUAGGUACGAUUUUGUCGUCGAUAGAGUACUUGGUGUUCAAGUUUAAAAAUCUUGUAAUUUCAAUAUAAAAUAUUAGAAAAUAAAUCUGGCUUAUUCAAAAUGUUUGAAAAUUUUAAAUUGACAUUGCUGAGGGUAAAGUUAUUUUGGAAAAGUCCAAUAAUGGAGAAUGUUGCUAGCGUGAAAUAUUGUUUAAUUCUUUGGUAGUUAUUGUUGCGAUGUUCUAAUGAUUCCUAAAUGUAUAUUUAAAUUCCAUGUAGUUGAAUAUUUUAUAAAAAUUAUUGUUAAAAAUUUGGAUUAUCUGGGUACAAGGUCUGGUUUUGAUCUGCGAUGUAGUAUUGUCGAUAUUGAAUGCCAUUUUAAGAUAUUAUUCGAUGUAUUCAGUAAAUUAUUUCGUCGAUUUAUAGAACUAUAGUAGAAAAUGGUAGAAAUUAGUAGAUUUCCAGUAAAAUGUUGACACUGGCACCAUUAUUGUUCGUAAUUACUGUGAUUUUUAUUGCCUAUUGAGAUUUCUGGUUAAAGACUGAACUGAAAGUGUUUUAUUAACAUAUAUAUUUGAUAUUGGUUAUACAUAACGUACGAAGUGGGUGCCAUAACAGUUCGGUUUGUUCAAAAUGAUGUUACGUUUAUAUAUAUUUUAUAUGUGUAUGCGGGUUUGUUAAGUGCUUAAAGAGAUAAAAAAACGACGUGUGUCACUCGGAGACUGGGGCGGUUGCGCUAUUGCAUGCUAUGCCUUCAAGCCACACCUCCGCCCGUCGGAGUGGGGAGCGUGAGGUUUUUUCGUUACGGAAUUUCUCGAUUUGGUCCCCGCGCUCAAGGCCCGCGAUAGAAGCUAUACAAUAGCUUAAAAACUUUGAUGUAGUAGUUGUAUUAGUGCUCAAUGUUAUGAAUGAUUUAUUAAAUUGACAAAAUGUAUGUGAUAGUAAACACAAAAGUAUUUCCUAUAGGUUUUAAUUGUAAAAUGAAUAUACGUAAUAAACAAACUGUAUUUGUUAUUAAAUGAUGCUCUAUUUGACAUCUUAAGAGCAGCAAGCUGCAACUUAUAGUAUGACUUUCCUCAUAAUCAUCCUUUCUAACGCUUUCGGAGGCCCACAUCCCUUCCCAUCCCCUACCCAUCCUCUCCUUCCCUAUCCUCAUUCCCUCUCAUCCUCUCCCUUUCUCCCUAACUCCUUCCAAAUCCCUUAAUCCUUCUGGUAGGCAACAACCAUAACCCCUGUUAUGGUUUAUGGGCGACGCAACCUGCUUACCACCAGGCGGUGCGUCCGCUCGUUUGCCUCCCUGUAACAUAAAAAAAAUUGUCAAUUUUAAUGAAUGUUCUACGUUAUAUUGUUUUAACGGGGAAAAGAAAGCUGUUUUGUCUUUUUACAAGCACUUAACAUACCCAUAGUAAUCAUUCGUACAAAAAAGUGCCUUAUUCGGUGCCUGAGCGUUCGUGCCAUACGGGCAGACGUACAAGCGGUGAGUCACAAUAUAUGCCAAAAUAUAGUGGGUUCGGUUCUCGCGGCGGCCCAUAGUAGACCACCGAAUAGCUUGGCCAAAAACGCUUUGUAUAUGGCGUGGGUUCGUGUGGGUUGACGUGUUUUGGGCUGUGUUUCUACCAUUUGUAUGGUAGAAAUGUAAUAGUAAAUGGUGGAAAUGGUGUAGUUUGUUGUGAAAAUAAUGAAUGUUUGUGUAGUUGUGUAUAGAAUUAUGAUUGUAAAAGUAAACUUGUAAAUCUGAAAAUGUAUCCGAAUUAGGAUGUAUAACUAUUAUAAAUAGAAAUGUCGCCUAGUAGAAAUACAGCCCAACACAUUUAUUAAAUUAUUCAUUCCUUGACUAUUAUUUAAUUUAUUGUAGCCUCGAAUCAUUAACAAAAUCCCAUACAUUUUACAAACAAAAAUCUACCAAAUUGGUAGAAAUUUGUAAAAAUGUUUCGAGGCUACAUUUUGACGUUGGAAAACGUGCAAUAAGCAUUGAGAUAAUAGUACUACAUAUGGAGGAGACACCACGAACAAAAUCUGUGCGCCAUUUUUUUGCUCUAACUAAGUUUUAAAAAAUAUUAUCUAGUUAGAUACUUACCGAUGAAAGUUAUUCCUUUACACUUUUCCGUAUU